AUAACAAAAUGGCGGGCAUGUGAAGAGUUUUUCAGAAUUUUAAGUUUUGUACAUUUUCAGGCAUUCACUUCCAGUUGAAUUAUUUUAAAACUUCUUCAGCAAUGUUUGUAGCUCGCGAGAUAUCAGCAGAACAUAAGGAUUUGAUCCACGAUGUCUCAUACGACUACCACGGCCGAAGAAUGGCAACGUGCUCCAGUGAUCAAAGUGUCAAAGUUUGGGAUUUGAGUGAAGAUGGCGAAUGGAAAUGCACAGCAAACUGGAAGACACAUUCCGGUUCAGUCUGGAAAGUAACGUGGGCUCACCCCGAGUUCGGCCAGGUGCUGGCAUCUUGUUCUUUUGAUAGAACUGUAGCAAUAUGGGAGGAGCAAGUCGUAGGGUCUGGGGAUGUGAUGUCUCAUGGUCAAAGCCAUUGGGUGAAAAGAGCAUCACUUGUUGAUAGUCGUACUUCUGUAACAGAUGUAAAAUUUGCACCUCAUCAUCUUGGACUACAGCUGGCCACGUGUUCAAAAGAUGGCACAGUUAGAAUCUAUGAAGCUCAUGAUAUCAUGAACCUUGGACAAUGGAGUCUUCAGCAUGAAAUUGCAUGCAAGUUAAGCUGUAGUUGUGUAUCUUGGAAUCCAUCAAGAAUACAUGCACCUAUGUUGGCUGUUGGCAGUGAUGAUACAAAUCCGAGUGCUGGAGGAAAAGUCCAGAUUCAUGAAUAUUAUGAUGAUAGCAGAAAGUGGCAGAGAGUUGAGACACUCAUGGCAAUUAGUGAUGCAGUCCAUGAUGUUGCCUUUGCUCCCAAUCUAGGAAGGUCCUAUCACCUGCUAGCCAUUGCAUCUAAAGAUGUAAGAAUAAUGAAACUCAAGCCAUACAGCACUGGUCAAAAUACAGCCUCACUGAGUGGUGGAUUUGCUAAACUAGAUAUAAGUCUUGUAACUCAAUUUAGUGAUCAUGAGUCACAGGUUUGGAGAGUUCAGUGGAACAUCACUGGAACCAUUCUAGCAUCAUCUGGUGAUGAUGGCUGUGUUAGAUUGUGGAAAGCAAACUAUUUGGACAACUGGAGGUGUCUAUCAGUAUUAAAAGGAGAUGGAAGUCAAGGACCAGUGCCGCCACUAAGCAAUAAUCAACAGGACAACCAGACCAACACCAUUAGCCCUAGAAACAUCUUUAAGUCAGCAACUCAACCGACUUGGUACGCCCAAUAAAGCCUGCAGCUGUUUAGAACCAGAACAUAUUUCUAAUUUWGUGAAACUUGCAAUAUAUAGGAGGUUUGUUGUAUAUAAUGUGCCAAAGAAUUGGAGAAUUUUUUGGUAUAUGUAUAUGUCAUCUGAGAAAAAAAUACAGAAAGAUAAAAAACUUAAAAAGCUGUUUAGGUAAUUUUCACUAGCAAAUAAAACAGACACAUAAAAGGAGAAAGAUSUAGGCCACUGAAGCAUGGAUAAGGAAGUGGUGAAAGAGUUAAGGAGAUUUUUAAAAUGAAAAACUUCUGUUCUUUUUCCGUCCAUGAUAACAUGUGCAAAAUAUGGUAGUUCAACAAGCUGAAGUAUUGCACAUGUAGAUGUACUGAUAGCAAAGAGAUCUUUCUCCUCCAAUGGCACAGAACUUUGAUUGAAGAUCUGUUACAUGCAAUUUUAGCUAGUUUGUUCUCUUUAUUUUUCAUACCAGAUCUUUCUCAUACAUAAUAUCAUAAUAUUGUAUAAAAAAUAAAGAACUAUGAUCAGUAUAUGUUUGUAUAUAUAUUAGAUGGCUGUACGUUGAGUCAUUUUGCAUGACAUAAUCAUGUUAUCCUGUCUACAAUCUGYUGCAAAAUAAAUGGAACAUCCUUUAA